AGUGCGGGAAAAAGAAUGCGCGAAAUGGGUCGCGAGAUUAGCGCGCUUUCCUGACAGCUACUACAACCACCACAACACCCACUAUGUGCUUCGACAACAACUUGUGCGGAUGCUAUUAGAAUAGUCGAAUUAUUUUAAACAGAUACAGGAAAACGUGCGUGGGCAUCCAACAAAACGAUGGGAAUCACAGGCUUGUUGCCGUUCGUCCAAAAGUCGACGAGGCCGGCGAACGUGAAGGAAUUUAGUGGGAAAACUGCAGCCGUGGAUACUUACUGCUGGCUUCACAAAGGUGCAUUUUCGUGCGCCGAAAGGCUUGUGAAGGGCGAAAAGACCGAUGCAUACGUGAACUACUGCAUGAAGAUGACGGACUUGCUUAUCGCGUCUGGCGUGCGGCCGAUUUUGGUUUUCGACGGACGGCACUUGCCAUCGAAGAAACUGACGGAGAAAAAGCGCAGGGAACAGCGGGAAAUCAACAGACAGAAAGCAAAACAGUUCCUCAUUGAAGGAAAGAUUCAGGAAGCACGCGAAUGUUACCAGAGAGCUGUUGACGUUACGUCUGCCAUGGCUCAUGAAGUUAUCAAGGAGUGCAGAAGAAAAGGCAUUGACUACAUAGUAGCACCGUACGAGGCAGAUGCACAACUUGCUUACCUGGCACAAUGCAAGCUGGCCGAAGUCAUCAUCACCGAGGAUUCUGACCUUAUCCUCUUUGGAUGUGAAAAGGUGUUGUUCAAGAUGGACCGAGCCGGCUUUGGCAACUUGUAUGAGAAGUCGAGACUAGGUGAAUGUUUCGGGCAUCUUGCAGACCGGUUCACCCAUGAGAAGUUUCGGCAGAUGUGCAUCCUUUCUGGUUGCGACUACCUCCCUUCCUUGCCAGGCAUUGGCUUAGGAAAAGCCAGCAAAUUUUUCAAGCUUGUCUCUAAUCCCGAUCUCCGAGCUACGUUGCCCAAGCUGCCUUCAUACCUUAAAAUGCCUGCACUCACUGUGGACAAUCAAUACAUUGAAGAUUUUCUUAAGGCUGAGAACACAUUCCGCCAUCAACUAGUCUUCUGCCCUAUCCGGAAUGAGCUUGUGCCACUGAAUCCUUACGACCCCAGUGUUGACCCCACAGACAUGACCUAUGCCGGACAACAGCUUCCAAGGGAGCAGGCUUUUGACAUAGCAGUAGGGAAUAUUGACGUCAACACUGGGCAGAAGAUUGACAGCUAUUAUCCAAAAGACGGAAAGAUACUGAAACAGAGAGCUUCCUUGGGAAACACACAGGAUCAGAAGGUAAAUCCAAAGAAUCGCGAAGGAGUAAAGGACAACACUCCGAGAAGACUUGGUGCAUUUGAAGUUGCUGAGCGGAGAUCAGCACAGCCUACAACUCCAAGGACUCCAGCCAGGCUGCCGCAGCGUCCUUCGAGGCCUUUGACGUCAGUGGAAAACAUUGAUGCAGAAUAUGACAAGCAAGAAAGCCCUCGGCAACAACUGGAGGCAAACUUGUCGGGAAGCAGUGGGCCAUCACAUGAUGAUAAAGCAAUGGAUACCUCCCUCAACAACCUGAAUGAAGUGGGAAAUGUUUUCAAAGUGACGCCUAAGCGAGUGGUUCGCAGCAGGUUUUUCUCAUCACCAGCAGCUUCUGUUUCACCGAAGAAAAAGCUUACAGAGUGGCAAAUUCAGCUUUCAGAACCUGUUUGUGAUGGGGGUAAAGUUGUGUUGAGCAAGAUCCCACAGAACAGUGCAUCACAGGGGAAAUUUCAAUGGGGUUCGAGGCUUGCACAACAGGAUCCUGCAGUAACAACAGUUUCGAAGCAAGUGUCAACACCCUUUAAGCGACUGAGGCUGAGCAUGUCUGCACUAGAAAGUAGCAAGAAAGCUUCAUGUGUCCUUGGCCCGACAGUUGGAGAAGAUGAAAAAAAUUUUGAAGUGUUGGAAGGAGGUGGCAGUGCUAGACGGUGUGGCAGCUUUAGCCAGCCAGAGGUCUCAAAUUUGCCAGAAAACAGCUUCAGCAAGUCACCAGCAUCGAAUAGUGGCUCAGUUUCAAAGAACACAGAUGACUCGCAAGCUGUGCAGCACCGCAAGUCACUGUUCGAGGUUCUAGAAGAAAAACGCCAAUCUGCACAGACUCAGAGUUUUUCUCCCGCCAAGUUCAAAAACCCCUUUGCAAAAGCAUCGGAAAGGCCUCCUACGAGUGACCUUAUAGUUCCGGAAUCAGAUGAAGAAGACCCAAUGCCCCCAGGUUUUCGAGAAUCAUCAGAACUAAAACAGGAGUUUUCUUCGACAGAAAGAUGGCAGGUCACUGCUGCCAUGGCAGAUAACCUGCAAGAAAGUGAAGAGUCUCCAAUUCCCAAGUUUAAAGCCAGCUGUAAUUCCUCCGAAGUGCAAGGGAACUCAUCACAAGACUUGGAUUACCCAAACUCGCUGGAAGAUGAUGAGUCACCAUGGCCUUCGAGACCAACAAUCAAACAGGAUCCCAGUGCAACUGAAGUGAUUGAAGAGAGUGAUGAUGAUGAUGACUUAAUGGUUACGAGCACUGUCAUUGUAAGAAGACCCAUUGAGACACCUAAGCACCUCAUCGUCAAGCCACGAAUUCCACCUAAACCCACUAAGAAAGCAUUAUCAAGGCAACGGCGUCUGGGUCUUUCAAAGUCUGUAAUGAAGAAGGACUCCAAACAGCAAAGUUUGCUGGAAAGCCUCGCCAAAUUCCAGUUCAAAAAAUCUUUUCUGUAAAGUACAAACUUUGUAAAGUAGAUGUGAUAUAGACUUUUCACUGGGGAGAACCUAUAAAGUGAGCUUUUAAACAUCA